AUGCCUAUGCCGAAGAAGGACGGCAUGCCUGGCGGCACUGCCACGAAAGUCGACGGCCGAACACAAAAUGGUAACCGGCAAGGCUUUCGCACCGAUACCGCAAUCUCCAACAACCGAUUUGGAAACGAGCGGACUUUGCAGCCGUGGGUCCCAGACUCGACUGAUGCUAGUGAUGGCAGUCUGGAGGCCUCGACGAGCGGUCGUCCUUGGGACCAGUUUGCCGAGAACGAAAGACUGUUUGGCUUGAAGACGGACUACGACGAGAACAUCUACACUACCGCCAUCAACAAGAGCCACCCGCAGUACAAGGAGAGAUAUGCUGCGGCAGAGAAGAAAGCCAGAGAAAUCGAGCGCAGUGCUCCAGUGACCUCUCACGUGGCCGAAGAACGCGUCAUGGACUAUACCGGUGGGAAUGGACCCGCUGGAGAGAACGAAGAGGACAAGUAUAGCGGUGUUCGACGACAGGACUUCCCACCACUGUCCACAGGCCGAGAGAAUAGAUACAUGCCUCCGGCCAAAAGAGCCCCGACCAGCCAAUCCACGGCCCCGUCGAAGAGGCAGCCGACCCCGUCGGACCAGACUCGGGCGCAAGCUGUCGACGCUGCCAAGAAUGGCGUUUCAGCCAAACCCGAGAGCCAAAAGGCGUCGCAAUCAAAGCCCGUGGAGGACAAGGCUGGGGAAGCAAAGCCAGCCACGGCGGCUCGGGACUCAAAGACGCCCGAGUCGAAACCUGCAGACAAGGCCGCCGACAAGUCCGCUGCGACCGGCCCUGCCUCCGGUCGCAACUUGGCCCCGCCGACCAAGGAAGGGGCCCCAAGCGCUACUUCGACUGUGGAGCGCGACGUUCUGAACUCGUUCAAGUCUUUUGCCUCCCAGCAGAGAAUCAAUGCUGAAAAGGUCCGGAGCAGCAAAGCACGGGCGGACAAGGAGGUCAAGUUGACCGAGUUGAAGAAGUUUGCGACCAGUUUCAAGCUCUCGACCCCAGUGCCGUCGGAUCUGGUGUCGAUUAUCGCCAAAGAUCCGGUCAAGCAAAAGGAAAUCCAGGCCAAGGCGAUGAAGAAUGCCGAGGACAUGGCAAAGACCAAGGCUGAGAUUGUAACCCGGGACAAGGCCCAGGGGACAAAGGAGACCCAAGCCAAGCCAGCAGAGCAAAACGCUGCAGUCAACACCACCGGCCCGGCCGGCCCAAGCAACAGACACACUGGUCCUCGCCAAGCGUACACUCAGCCGCCGUAUCACGCCCAGCCUUACAGGAGCAACCGCGGCGCCCCCCAGCACGCCCCCCAGCACACUCCCCAGCAGCAGACGGGAAAUCUCGCUCAGCGCCUGCGUCAUGUGGAGCAGCAGAGAUAUUCCCAGCCUCUCGCACCGAGCCAGCACCAGCCCAACCAAGAUAUGCGGGCUCCUCCCACUGGGCCGUCGAACAACGUGGAUGCAGGUUUCAAUCGAAGGCUCAGCGGAGCUCCCGGUCACAUGGGCGCCAAGCUCAACCCUAACAGCCAUGAGUUCAGACCCAGCCCUUUCGCUGCGUCCUUCAACCCCAACGGUCAUCCUAGUGCCAGCUCGAGCCCUCGGGCUCCGGUGAACCACGUUGCCGAGAGUCCUGCCUCUGCAGCCGCUCAUGCGGGACAUUUCAUCCGUCGCAAGACAAAGGCUGUGGACGUUCGAAAGUGUUAUAUUCUCUCGCAUGUCGGGUCUAUUUCCCCUUCACAGGGCCGCAACUGGGACGACAACGGCGGGCUCCGACCCCCGUACGACACGCCUCCAACAUGGCGACAGCUCCAGGACGAUGAAAAGUCGGACUCGACCAUGCACCUCACCUACAAGGAGUAUUUUGAGCGUCAGCCGUUCUCCAACCAAACCAUGAACACACCCAACCCACCGCACCACAGCUCGCACAGCAUUGGCCCGCGACAAUCGCCCCAUAUGCCUCCGAUGCAAAUGCACACGCCUCAGCAAGGACCCGUUCCUCAUCCGCCGUUUGGUGGCGCUGAUGACCAUAGGAUGCUGCAUUCCAACUCGGCUCAGUCGUUUGCCUCGCCCCGCAUGGCACAGCAAAUGCCGGUGGCGUACCCGAAUCAGGUCCCCUACAACCAACCAGUCUUCAUGAGCCCCCAAAUGGGACAGUACCGCACCUUCUCGGGCAACCCACACUACGUGCCACCACAGCAAGGUCAGAUGAGCGGACCGGUGAUGAUGCAGCCCCAGUUCAUGCCCGGGCCUCAGGGCAUGAUGGCCGCUCCGCAGAUGAUGUACCACGGCGGCCAUCCACAGUUCAUGCCACCGUCGGGCCCGCCACAGCCGGUCCCGGGCGCAACGGGCUACCCCAGCCCGGGUCGUCCAGCGGCGCCGGUGAUGGUGCAUCAGGGGUCGCAGCAGGGCCAGCCCAUGUAUGGGAUGAGCCCGAGUGUGCAGUACAACCAGCCUGCAUACGGCCCCGGACAAGGCAGUGGACCAAUGCCCAACGUGGGAGGGCACAACGGUCUUGUGUGGCAUCAGCACGUGGGGACCAGCUGGCAGCAGACGUAUCACUACGGGCCGCUAUGA